AUGAUCGGGAAUUUCCAUCGGAAUGGCCUCUUCCGACUCUUUUCCACCAAGGCGGACAUUCAGAAAACUUUAAAAUCCCUCAAAAAUUCCCCGAAUCGAAGUGCGCAGGUUGGAAAAAUUGACUGAGGAGAGAAAUUUGAAUAUUUUUUUCUUGUAGAUUAGUGAGCUGUACAAAAAAUUUGACGACUUUGAACGCGACCUUAUGAAUGAGGAGCAGAGGUCGACGGAAUUCGCAGCGACUUCCAUGAUCGGCGAGAAUUUUUUGAAGUUUGUCCAUCUUAAGAUCAACUUUUGGUUUGAAAAAACGUCAAUUGAAAAAGAUUGAUUGUUGGACUUUGAAAAAUAUUCAUUUUCUUGAAGUUCUAUUUUUCACAUGGCCAGUUUAUCCCUGGCGGGACAUCUCUGCGCCCUCCUCGUUUCUCGGCGACCCUCUCAGAUUGACGUGCUAUUUUCAUUUUAUUCUGACCUCGACGGUGAGGGAACAGAGAGACGCAGACACUUGAAAAUGACGUCUCGGCGGGAGGACUAAAAUUUUGGAACACUAAAAAGUUGAAAAAGUUUUCUUGGAAAAUAAAUUUUAUUUCUCUUGUAAAUUGGACCCCCAAAAAAUAUAUGAUUUCCAUAUCAAGGAAAUGGAAAAAGCUAGAAAAUUAUUUCAGAAGUUUUUAAAAUUUUACCCGAGAAUUCACUUCUUUCGCCGUUAAUCUGUGGAAAAAAAAUCUGCAGAUCAUGAUUCUCUUUUUUUGAUAACAGUGAAAAACAUAACGAAUAACUAUUUCAAGCCGAAUAUACCAGAACUCUCACCCAACUUCCUACCUAAAUCAAUUUCCAAGCUAGUCAAAAAUAUUUUUAAUUUUUUAGAAACGAGAAAGACUACGAUAAAGUCGUGAAGCGACGAGAAAGGGAAGCGGCAGGACUCAAAAAAGAAGAGCCGAAGAGAAGUCAGACUUUUCCGCUGUUGCCGACGGCCCAGCAGGUCUUCGUCAAGCCCAAUGAGCUGGUCGACGGGCAAAAUGUGGAGCAAAUCGAUCGCGGAUUCUACGUCGAGGCCGGUACCGUCGUCGAUGAAUACGUUGCCGGAUGCUCUAUGGAUCUCGAUCCGGGUGAUCUGAUCGUGUUGGUUUUUAUCAGUGUUUCUAAAGCAGGAAGUUUUUACUUAUGAACGCCAGAGUUGUCUCUACAGAGACCAAAAAAGCGCACGGCAGGGAUAAAAUUUAGGUGGUCCAUGUAGGGGUUUGAGGUCUGACCCCUAAGCCCUAUAGGGUCUUUAAAUUUGUUGUGAAUACAAACAUUAUCAAUUCAUUCUCUGUUGAGAUUUUUAAAUUAAAUGACGCUGAUUUUUCCCGAUGGAAAGACUUUUUCGUCAACAAUAACCGACUAGCAUGUUUUCUUUUGGGUCCAAAACUACUUUAGGGACUUUCGCAAGCUUUGGAGGGACUCUAUAGGGUUGGUAAAGCGGCUCCCUGGAAAAAAAAAACCUUCAAGGGCCUCUAAUUUCUUUCUCAUAAGAAACGCUCUGGGGUUCGUAAGUGGUUUGAAAGAAAAUGAAAUACUCGCUGAAACGAAGUUUUUUUAAAUUUGAAAUAAAAAGAGAUUUUUUGUGCUUGAAGUAUCCUAUCGGGAAAACUGAGUGAACACGCGCUGUUUGAAGCUACGUUGAGAAAUUGAAAAGAAAAAGUUAGCGAAUUAGAUUGAAGAAAUAACAAGAAGCACCCCUAGAAAGAGCCUUUGAAUCUUUUUUGACGCGUCAAGUUAGCUUUAAAUGCGGAAAAUGCUAGCAAUGGCUUGGUUGGCAAUGAAGUCUGAAGUUAACUCGAGAAAAUUUACUUAUUUUAUCAAGAAAAUUGAAUUGAGAGGUUAUUUAAUAGAAAAAAUGAUUUGUUAGAUUGAAUUUAUUAUAAUGCAACUUAUAUAUUCCAAUCCCUUAAAUUCGGGUAAUUUAAGCUCUUCCCGACAAUACUUCGGAUCGGAGGACGCCGUGGAGCACAUUUCUUUUCAACAACCUGGUCAAAGGCUACAUGAAGAAGUUUGUAACCCAAAAAAAUGAGUAAAAUAACAAGAAAAUGUAAAGGAAAGUGUAGAACUCGAAGAAUCGGCGAUGCAAGUAGAAACCACUGGUACGGUAGAUGAAUCCAGACCCUCCAGCGAUCAAACCUGUGGCGGCUGUGGAGCACACUUUCAUUGCAAAGUAAAAGGAAACGUAGCUAGUUUUAUAGUUUUCUCUCUUUUUUCCAGGACCCUUCCUUACCGGGCUUCCUACCUGUUGAAGUCUUUGAAAAAGUUGAGCGGAGUACAAAGAAUAAAGAAGAUCAGUCGAUGUGCAAACGGUGUCAUCUCCUUCAGAAGCACAACUUUUUGGUUUGAAAUUGAAAAUUACAAAAAAAAAUUAACAAUUUUUGAGUUGAACGUAAACGUCUGCAACGUCGACUAUUCGAAAAUGAUGAGUGAGCUGAAAAAAAGCAACGAAAUGCUGGUGUUGCUCAUCGUUGACGUCACUGACCUGCCUGGAAGCAUCCAUCCGAAUUUGGCUGAGAUCAUCGGGGCUGGAAAGCCGAUGAUUGUCAUUGGUGAGAGAGAAAAAAAAGAAAAUUAGGAUAAAUAGUCGCUAUUAGGAUACAAAGAUAAAAUGAGACUUUUUUAAGAGUUUAUCUGCUUAUCUCCACAAUCAUGGUGUGCCAGGUUUUUCUCCUUUUCCCGUUUUACGAUCAACUAUUUUCUUUGCGGCUCAUUUAUAAGCCGUUUUCGCCGCCAAAAAAAAAAAACUUUCUUCACAUUCUCGACCUUUAAAAUAAUUCUAGCUUCCAAAACCUCCAAAACUUGUUUUUCCUAGGGAACAAAGUCGAUUUGUUGCCUCCGGACGCCCGAACCGGCUACAUGAGCCGCUUCAAACAGACCGUUGAGAGAACUGUGGAGAAAAUGGGUCUUCUUGAGAAGUUUUCUCUAAUUUAGAUAAAUUCUAUUCGACUUUUGGAUUCUAGAUUCAACAUUUUGCACACGGGUCUCAUAAGUGCGAAGACUGGGUAUGGCGUUGAAGAGCUCAUUACGGUGAGUUUUUGAGUCGGAUUUUGAAUUUAGUCGAAGAAUAUUACCUGGAGGCAUACGGGGACAGGUACAUAGCUCAAUUAAUCCAAAGUGAAGGGUUGACUUACAAACAUUUUUGAAAAAAAAAUAGUUAAAAUAUUAAGUUUUAAGCCUAGGUAAGUGGAAUUGAGAGAAAUAAAGUCAACUUGUAUUUUCAGAAGGGUACUACUUUUUUUAAUCCAGGAAAACUUAGAAGGAGGGCAAAAGAUCGCUUAUGUGCCUUUUUGAGCUUGCUAUAGUGAUAACUUCCACGAUUUUUUUCUUCUUAUUUACGCGGAAUCAUUUCAAACAAGGUUCAGAGUAUUUUAUUAUAAAUUAAUUUAAUUGCGGUUGGGAAUUUCCUAAAAUUUGGCCAGAACACUCUUUGAUCUGCCAAAAGAAGAUUCAGAGAAUUUCAACACGCGCAAUUUACACUUUUUCGAGAAAUAAGAGCUCAGAACCCAAAAAAGCCUGUUUCAACGUAAUUUGGGGCUUUUCUUCGAAUCAAAGACGGCCUUUCUUUGACUGAAUUUCUUCACUAAAUGAUUUCCAGCAAGUCUUCUUGAAAUACACGAAUGUGAGGCUAGGAAUGCGCGGCGACAUCUACUUAGUCGGAUGCACGAACUCUGGCAAAUCGUAAGAAACUCCAGUCUUUCAAAGUAUCGGUUUCAUUUUUAGGACCCUCUUCAACGCGUUCCUUCAGUCGGACCUUUGUAAAGUCCGAGCGAUCGACCUUGUUGAUCGUGCCACGGCCAGCAUUUGGCCGGGAACUACGGUUCUACUAGUACAAAAGUUAUGAAAGAAAAUUGAAGGUUUCAGAUGAACUUGCUGAAGUUCCCGGUCAUGAAGCCGUCGCCAUAUCGGCUUGAAAUGCGUCGCAGGAGAUUGUUACAGCAAAGGGCCUGGAUGAAGAAGGUUUUUGGAAAAAAUUGAGGCUUUUUUAAAAAGGAAAAAUGCCUUGGGCUUUGGAAAGCAAGAAUAUGGGAGAAUAGCUUGAUUAAGCCUCACGAAAAUUGACCUGGAACAAAAUAAUUGUGAUUAGGAAUAAACAAUAGAAAACAUUAACCCAUUAAUUUUUUCUUGUCCAGAUACUUUUUAGGGUUUAAGAAAAUUAUUUUUGGCCAAGUUUAAAAGGUCGACGAAAUCGCAAAAAGGAGGUCUAAAUAGAACAGUUAUUUACAAAAGAAUCAUAUUUCAUUUUGCGAGAAAUCAUAUCCCCUAAUUGCUUGUCAAAAAAAAAACCUCAUUCUUGUACUCUCAUACUGGCCAGUGUCUCAACGGCUGUACCCGUACUAAACUCGUGCUUUUUGAAGCUAUUUGCGUCUCAAUUGUUCUAAAACGGCUGUAAGGAGAAAUAGGUGACCCGCUAUGUUCAUUUCAAAAAUCUGGAACCCAAUGGUGUUAAAACGAGGCUUCAGUUGUGGUAAAAAAAAAAAAAGAUGCCAAAAGUUCUACGCGCUGCGCUUGUACGGGUUCAAUUCGGGCACACCCGCUGAGACUCCGUAGUAGCACGACUGGUUAACCAUGAGCAUGAUAGUAGCAAGCUGCAGGCCUCUUUACUUGGCUCAAUGCUUCUGGAAAUAUUUGCUCAGAAACCCCUUUAUACUUUGAUGUUUCGACAGAGUGGCAUUGAAUAAAACUUCCAAUAGUCUCGAACACGAUUUCAAUGAACAAACAAAUUUUUUUAGGAAGUCAAUUCGCGAAAGUUGCUUCUACAAGAAACCGGCGAUCCACAGUAUGCCAUCCCCAUUGCGACUAUUCAGAAUUCGUUCAAGGUUCAGAAAAAAAAUAUACACGAAAAAAUAGAUUUAAUGUUUAGGAAGAUGAAGAUGAGCUUCAGCCGAUGGCUCUCAACAGCUUGAAGAACCACGAAGAAAAGGAGAAGAAGAAGUAUAAAACUUCUUUGGAAAGUAGAGUAUAAAUUCAUUCUGGUUUUCAGGUCCUGGUCUUUGGAUGACGCCAUCUUCUCCAAGGGAAAAUGGUGCUUUGAUACGCCAGGAACUGUCAACGAUCAACAGGUUUUUUAAAUGGAAGAUUGUCGUACUCCAAACUUUGCAAAUCGUUUUCACAUUUUGUGUUACUUUUUCUCAAAUUAGGUUUAUAAAAAUCUUAAUUUGAUUAGGCAACGUAUUGGGGCUUCGGUGACGAGAACCGGACGCGCGCGAGACGUUUUUGAGCACUUUUAGUGACCACUUUAGCAGCUUCAGAAUACUUAAGUGUUUAGUAGAAAUGAAACCUCCGAUUUACGUUUUUUGGGCUCAUAGUUUAGUUUUUUCGGCUCGACAAAAAAGUUUCACAAAAUGGUAUAGAAAUAAAACGCUCUCACGAAAAUUUAGACCGAACCCGCUAUUAUCAGUCUUUCACCGAAAUUUAAGGUUGAGAAAAAUGCAAUGAGAAGGAAUACGAGAAAAGAGGAAUUAAGAAAAUAAUCAAAAGUAGCGGACUUUUGAAAGGACUCUCGAUACUAUUGAAGAAAUGCCUUUACUCCUCUAAAAAAUCUAUCAGUUCUACCUUGCAAGGUGCUCAACCUGUUCACACUCGAUGAGCUGGUCAACGUGACGCCACGACGUCUUCUGACCCCUCGGACGGCGAUCUUGAAGGCCGGCGAAAGCUUGGUGAUUGGCGGAGUGGCUCGGAUUGACAUCUGCGAAGCUGACGAUAAUCUCCUGGUUUCUCCAUUAUCUUGAAAAGAGAAUAUCCCGAAUUAAAGCUUACGACGUUCGUCAGCGACUCCUUGCCGUUGAAUGUGCUGCCGACGGAAGAAGUCGACCGUUUUUUGGCCCAAUAUGCUGGAACUCCGGCUUUGGUUGUACCCUGUGGAGAUCAGGAGCGGAUGAAGUCGUGGCCGGCCUUGAAAAGCCGGGAAUUCGAUUUGUUCGGUAGAAAGGUACUGGAAAGACUGAAAACUUGCGAGAAAUAAAGGAACUGAGAUAAAUAGUUCUGGAGAGAUCCCAGAGAAUAAAAAAAAUCUAGCUCUCUUCCGUCUCUUCGGCAUUGCGGGAAUCUCUCCUUGUCGCUCGGUCUAAUUUAAAAUCGGAUUUUGGCACGAUUGAGUUGAAAAAAAAAACGGUAGUUAUGUAAUACUUGAAUUAUCCUCACAUUUCGCUUUUUUCUGAUUUAAAGCUCAAAAAAAAAAGGAAAAAUCACCUUACUACUCACACGACAUUCAGGAAGAUUCUUAGUCCGAUAAUUGGUCAGCUAGACUGGAAUUUAUGUAGUUUUUCUCAGGAUUCCGGCUGUUGCGACAUCGUCUUGUCCUCACUUGGCUGGGUUAUGGUAUCCAGUGAGAGGGCCCUGAAACUUGCCGCCUACACUCCAGACGGCCGUGGCCUGACCGCCCGACUCCAGCCAGUCCUACCGUACUCGGCCAAUCUUCGCGGCAAGAGGAUCCCUGGAACCAAUUUCUACAAGGUCUUCGCGAAACUUGUCAAUUUGACUGGACCCGUUGCGUUCGCGAAGCGGGUUUGGGCGAAAAAUGAGAAUCCUAACGUGGAAGUUCACGUUGAAGUUUGGAAUGUCCAAUAAAUUCGGAAAGAAAUCAUAAGAGAGUGAUAGUUUCUUGACAACAGUCUAACAGGUCUGCUCUCUCUUUUAUCUCUAACCAUUAUUGGUUUUUUUCAAAUUUUAAUGAACUUUAUGAUUUAAAAAAAGCAAAAAAAAAUGUCUGAAAGGCGAAUUCGAAUUUCCCGCCACAAACCGCUUCGCGACUGAUUCAAAUCAGGCCGCAUAAACAAUAAUAAUCUAUAAAUUUCAGGUUCAACCAAUCGAAUUCCCGUUGACAAAAUGGGAGAAGAAUCCAGCGAAACAGAGGAGAUGGAAAAACACUUGA